UUUUUUUACCCCUAUGCCUUUAUAUUGUUUUCUAAAUUAUUAUUUGUAAUUUUGUUACUUGUCCAAAAUCAUUCCAGCUUCUUUUUUCCCUCAUUUAAUUGUAAAUUUAUUUUCCCUUUUUUGUUUUUAUUAAAUGCCAAAGUGGUCACAAUGCGCGUUUCUUCGGCUUUCACGUUUAUGGGAACCUGAUGUAUGGUUAGACGCUGCUACACAAAUUUUUUAUUCUAUGGGUCUAGGAUUUGGAGGAUUAAUAGCUUUUGCUUCCUACAAUCCAGUCAAAAAUAAUUGUAAAAAGGAUGUCCUCAAAAUGUCUUUAGCCAACCUUUUAACUUCUCUCUACACAGCUUUUGUUAUUUUUUGUGUUUUGGGAUAUAUGGGAAGAAAAAAUUUUAAUUCCUGUAUUGAAAAGGAUAUGUCGUUAAUUCUUAAAGUUGCUCCAGGACUUUAUAAAAAUAUGGAAGAAAUUAAUGGAAAUAUUACUAUGGAGGAAUUCACCUCAUACAUGCAAUUUGAUUUCCGUGACAGUAAAUUUUCUGAAAUUAUUAACCAUCCAUCUUACAAAAAAUGUGAACUUGGAGACAUUAUAUCUGAAGCAGCGGAAGGCACAGGAUUGGCUUUUGUUGUGUUUACCGAAGCAAUUAGUCAAUUUCCAUUUCCACCGUUUUGGGCUAUUUUAUUCUUUUUGAUGCUUAUGAUGCUUGGUCUAGGCUCUAUGUUUGGCACAUUAGAGGGAGUAAUCACAUCACUUAAUGAUGCUAAAAUGAUUAAACUUAGUCAACCUAUGCUUUCUUUAUUAAUUUGUGCAUCUUCCUGUCUUAUUGGACUUGUGUUUACUACACAAGCUGGACAAUAUUGGGUAUCAAUGUUCGAUCACUUUGCCGGAACUUAUGCAUUAAUGUGUGUUGCCUUUUUUGAAGUAGUUGCUGUAAUUUAUGUUUAUGGAUGUGAUAAUUUUGUAAGAGAUCUUCAAUAUAUGUGUGAUGAACAAAUUGGGAAUUUUUGGAAAAUUACUUGGCGUUUUAUUUCCCCAGUUAUUAUGUUUGUUAUUUUUGUUGCUUCAAUUUUCAAGUCAUUCACUAAAGUGCCUGAAUAUUCUGCUUAUGAUGCCUCUACGACUCAUCAACAUUUAGAGCCUUAUCCAACCUGGGCUCUUUUUAUUGCUUUUGGCCUUGUUGUAAUUGCAAUGGCCCCUGUCCCUUUUAUUUGGUUCGUUAGGAAAUUUAGAAUUUGGAGUGUUGAGGCUGACAUACCUGUGGCCUCAAAAUGUCUUGGAGCUACAGCUUCAACUACUUAUAUGCUUAGAAGCGAAAUGUCGUUUAAUCGAAUUUUGGAAUCUGCUAAUGCAGCUGAGCUUAGAAAUAUUGGAAAGAAUGGGCGAAAUAUGGGAAGGAAUGGUCAUAUUGGUGGCGGUUCAGCCCCUGUUUCAAGCAAACACAAACAUCAAACCCAUGAUUUUGAUUAUCAUCAAUUACCCUAUAAUAACCAGCACCAUACUUGGCACAGUGGAAAUGCCCCUCCUAAACAUAAAUAUGCUCAAAGUCAAAUGCAGAAGGCAAAAAAUUUUAAAUUUUAUUUAAAAAAUAGGGGAGAAAUGCUUCAAAAUUAA